AUGUCUCCAGGCGAGCGCAAACGAAAAUCUCUGGAGACGGAGGAUGAGCGACCUUCCAGGCUACCCAGAGAAGAAGAAGAACCCUUCAGCCCGUCAUGCGAGCUCGAUCCUGCACAGAUCAUCAAAGGGUUCUCCCCACGGUCGCAUAUAACUGGCACUGUCUCCUCUACUUGGCCUGUGAACAUCAACAAGACGAAAAAGUUUCUUCUGCGCGUCCAUAGUGAGAAUAAGCUCGAGGUUUAUGUUGCUAUCCGCUCUGGCGAUCUUUCUCAGUUGGCUACCGUCGUACCUGGCAGCAAACUGGCGUUAUUGCUAGAGAACGCUGAAUCUGCAUAUAAUUACGAGGAUUGGUACGAUACACCCGCGACGACUUCCAGCGCGAUUUCUUUAGAUGAGGCACCUGCGAUGAGUGACUCUCUUGAAGAAAGGCCUCUGACUCCUGUAACAGAUAUCGCGAGUGGUCUUCAAGCAUCUGGUUCUCAUGACGACACAUUCCGCACGCCUAUGCCCCCUAAAUUUACUCCACCUGCACGGGAAUUUGCUGCCCCAUCCAACCCUUCUCCCGCGACCCACACCACCACCUCAAUCGCACCGACUCAGCCCAAAGGAAGCGUUCCUGGUCCACCGACUGCAGGUCAAGCAGGUCCCUCAAAACCGAAACGAAAACGCGUUCGGAAGCGAGACACGCGACACGCAAACAAUCCGACACUUCAAUCGAGCAAGGAGGAGAAUAAGGAGAAACCGAAUGGGCAGGCGAAACUGCAGAACAAGAUGGGGAAUAUUGAGAAGAAAAUCGAAGACAUUUCCAGAAAGACUCCUAAAAGCGAGGCACAAGAGAAUAAGGCGAUUUCUGUGAAGAAGACGACUGCUGCGACUGCUCAAAAGAAGAACCGACCGGACGCUGGUUUCACUAACAAAAGCGGCACUGUGCAUCCGGCAUUAGCUGAUUUGACGGAAAAUCUCCGUGCGCAUGUUGCCGGCAUUGUUGUCCGUGCAGACGAUCCUAAGCAAGUACGGAGUGGCGACUGGAUGGUCACAUAUUCGAUCACCGAUCCAUCCGUGUUUCCCGACACGGAGCUGAGCAUCAACUUCUUCCGAGAUAAGAAAGAAGCUCUGCCCACUGCCAAACUUGGGGAAGCAAUACUUAUCAAGCAACUAAAGAUCACCCCCCUCAACUCGAGACUCUCAGCUGUCGGAUACAAGGACAACUUCAGCUGGGCAGCAUUUGAGCCAGCGCACGGGAGAGAAUAUACCGGCCCUUUCAUGAGUCUGAAAAUGGAUCAGGUGGAGCUGGGAUACUGCCUGGAGCUGAUCGACUGGUGGAGGGAGAAGAGGGAUGCAACUAACGCGGGCCAGAACACGGCCGAAACGUCAUUUACUCAGGUCGCCAAGAAGCGCCGUGAACAAGUGGAACUGAAAGAUAUGAAAGACAACGUCUUCUGUGAUUGUCUAGUUCAGGUGGUCAAAAUGUGGCCCGAUAGCCGUACAACUGACCUAUAUGUAACGGAUUUCACCGAAAAUCCUGGUUUUGGCGACCCCAAGCAAAGCAACCUAUCGCUUCCCGGAAUACAAGCACUACCUCUUCCGAAUUCAUUUGUUUGCAAGAUUACCCUGUGGGACGAAGUCAACAAAGUUGCUGACGUCAUUCAGCCAUUGCAAUUCUUCAAACUGAAAAAUGUCCGCGUCAGAUGGGGACGGGGCGGAAACUUGGAAGGAAGUAUGGGUAUGGGCAAAGACGGCAAGGAGAUAUUUGUGCGAAUACCUGAAAGCGACGACUCACUGAAGGCGCUUCGCAAGAGGAAGAUUGCCUUCCUGAAAGGAGGCUCUGAAGCUCUAUCUCGCACCACAUCGGCAACCGACCUGCCACGAUUCCAAACAUCUCGAUCUCUGACACCCGUCCCACAAAUCCCUCCCGCCAUCGAGUGUUGCGUGAGUGGAAUGCGUCAGGGCGGGUUCUACACAUUCACUGCAGAGGUCCUCAAGGCCUGGAGAGCAGUGAACAUCGACGACUACUAUGUCACGGACUACACGGAGCACCCUUACCUGAUGGAUUUCAGCUCUGUCGAGCAGUGGAGACCACCGCCAGGACGUCGCACGCUCCAGGUUUCUGUGUUUGAUGAUGUCUACCGAGGCCAGGCAGCAGGGCUGACCACUGGUUGCUUUGUACGAUUCGAGUAUAUGCUGCUGCGUAAGACCGCCUCCAGGAAGAAGCUUGGAGACGGAAAGGAAGAUCCUCCUCUCUUAGCCGGCAAGAUCGGAGAAGUUGUCCAGCGGCCUUGCAGUAUCACAAUCCUGCCCAAUACUGAUCCUACUGUGAAGGCUUUGUUAAGACGAAAGGCAGACGUGCUGAAGAUUGACAUUGAGAUACCCCAUUCACCUCCCCCAAAAGCCUCGUCGAUCUUAGGACAGGAGGGAUCUUCAACAGAUAGCCCUCCUCCCAAGCACGACGAGAUUCCUUUUGAUUUGACGUCUGAGGGGCCUGGGCAAGCUCAUCUUGGACUGUGUUCUGUCUCUCCUCCCGCAUCUGAAGCGGUUCCCAAUUAUAGAAGAAACAUUCACGGUAGCGAGCCUCUCAGGAGUAUUUUUCACAACAUGCCGCAUUCUACCCUGGCAAUGCUCCGUCAUGCUUCCAACCAAAGCAUGUGGAAAGUAAGAGCGAGGAUAGUGUCAUUCCAGCCCGGGAGACUACGGGACUGGGUUUGGCAACAAUGUCUAAAGUGUCAUCGGGAUGUGCCCAUCAACCAGCGAACAUGUUCAGACUGUAUGAGAGACGAUGACGAAAAUGAUACUCUUCUUGUCCCCCGCUGGCGGUUCGCCUUCGUUCUUCAGGACGAGCAGGGAGACACGCUGCCAGAGGUCUUCUGCUGUGACGAAGUCGCAACCACUUUUCUAGGUGAACUAUUUCCGGAGAUUCUCGUGUCGAAUCGCGAUACGCUCAAUAUUCUGCGCUCCCGUGUCUCCCCACUUCUUGGCAACUUGGAACGCGUUCAACUCCAUUUGCUCAAAGCGGAAGAGGAAUGGCAGCGACGCCAGUGUAGCAAAGGCAAGGUCCAGGACGAUGAACCUGGCAAACCAAUGGAACACGAGCUCGAGGUAGACUACGGCCAGUGGGGGGAUUGGACGUUGAGAUGCUGGAUGGACCGUGAGGAAGCACGUUUCGGCGUGUUUGGAUGCGGAGUGGUCAUUUAACAUCGGAUCAAGGUCGGCAGCCUAAUCCGGUGAGUCUGACAUCUCCGCUCGCCUGGACACUAGAGAAUUCGUUCCGGUGCGACCGUCCGCUGGUGGGCCUGAGUCCUGGACAACGGAAGGCCUUCUGGCCAUGGGUCAUGAGAAGGUGGUGAUAUGUUUGCCUGCUUUUUCCAAG